AUGGUACGAGCUGCAGUUUUGAAGAUGAAGGAUCCCAAACAGAUUAUCCAGGACAUGGAGAAAUUAGAUGAAAUGGAGUUUAACCCAGUGCAGCAACCACAGUUAAAUGAGAAGGUGCUGAAAGACAAGUGUAAAAAGCUGCAUGAAGCCUUUGAACAUAUCCUACGACUCUAUGAAAAAGAGAAUCCAGAUAUUUACAAAGAACUGAGAAAGCUAGAAGUGGAAUAUGAACAGAAGGCUCAACAAAGCCAAUAUUUUGAUGCUGUCAAGAAUGCUCAGCACAGGGGCACCUGGUGGCAACAUGAGAAGCAGCCGUCCAUUUCCAAGAGCGGCUAUGGCAGCAGUUCCGGUGACAGUGUCCAGAGUCCGGUGCUGGGCUUUGGGGCAGUGGCAUCUGUGAUACAUGUUCCAGCACCUUUCUCGGAGCCAGCGACGGAAGCGCUGCUCUUGCCUAGAAACCACCGCUCGGCGUGUGUCCUGCGCGGGGUUAAGGAAUCCAAGGGAGCGCCGGGUAAAACUCGCAGCGCGGCAUCCGGCACUUUGAGCUUCAGUGGGGUUUGCGCUCCGAAGACGCGGCCACGCAUCAUUUUCCCAGGCGUUGUGCGGGUUUCUUAA